UAUUUUAAUUUCCAUUGCUCAAUCUGUUUUGUUCAUUAAAAACUAAAUAAGAAACUGCGUUUUAUAACGUAAUAUUAAGAAACAGAUAUUCUAAGUCACAACAAGUCAUGGAUAUGAACAGCUUAACUCAGAGGACGAUGGGUGAUGGAAUGGACUGUUCUCUGAUCAAUUUCUCCGAAAUAAUCAGCAAAAACUUGAGCCAAGUCAAAUUAGGAGCUGUGCACCAUUCAACAAAACCAAUCACGCCGCAGGGUCCUAUAAUCAGAACAAUUCCCAAAUACAUACCAAAGGAAUGUAAAAAGCCUAGUUAUUUAGUGAAGAAACCAAAGGAAGCAAAGUUUGUCCCUUAUGAACCAUUCAAAGCGGCAGUGGAUCCAAUUAUACCAAAGAAAAGGGUACUUAAGGUGAACAGCCCACCGAUCAGUAAAAACAAUGUGGAUAUACAGGAUUUGGUGCAUCAGAUGUCUGAAAUGAGAUCUGUGGAAUUGGGAAAAGAGAAGAAAGAGGCUCUGAUGAAUAAUGAGUCUAUUAUUACGAUGAAACAGUGGGAGGAUGAUAGGUUAGCUUACGAGACGGAUAUCAAGAACCUCAGAGAAACCAAUGCACAUUUAGAAAAUCAACUUAAAUUCCAAGCUCAAGUAAAUAGUGAAUUGAAGACAUUGUUGGUUGCAGCAGUAGGCGAAGAUUUGGAGAGUAGAGUGCAACAUUUAACUGAGGAUAAACUUCAAUUGGCUAGGGCUUUGUUGAAUUCAGCGAAUCACUUGACCUCGCACCAGGAGCAAACUGAAUGGCUUUCUGGGCAAUGCGAAGUUUGGAGGAGCAAGUUUUUAGCGUCAAGUUUGAUGGUCGAGGAAUUGGCUAGGUGGAAAUCGGCUUUCAGUUACAGAAUCAACGAUCUUCAAGAAAACUUGAAACUCUUAAUUAACGAACGAACGAAAGUCAGGAAUUCUGCGUUGAAGACGUACAAAGUCUUAACGAGAAUAGACGAAACUUUACCGGAGCGAACUUUAAGCUGUUUGAAGAGUACAAACAUAAUUGACUUGGCUGUAAACAACUGUAAAUUGGCUGAACAUAUUGGAGGACAUUUCGUUAAGGAGGACAAGGAAUUGGAUGAGAAUAUUUUGAAGUUACCCACCAAUACGCCUGGAGAGAAUGCCGCAGCCAGGAUCUUGAAGAAUCAAGUUUCUUUGACGUACAAACCAGACGCAGUGUGUAAUGCCUUGAUGGGCGCUGCGAUGUCUUUGAGUGGAGGCCAAAUGUACCUGCAACAUCCUACCAUGCAUGCCACCUGUUGCAAACACUGCACAGGCGAAAUCCACGAUAUAUGAAUCAUUCAUGGAGCAAUCUUAUCAUAGUUAAGCAAUACCCAGUUAUACCUGUAAUGUAAUUUAUAAAUUAUUAAGCGUCUGUUAACUGUAAC